CCACUGGUGUGAUAACAUAUCGUUUCCUUGCCGAAAGCUAUAAUCUGUCGCGGAAGAGAGAAGAAGAUAACGUGCAGUGAGUACAAUCUUUGAAUAAAGACUGAACGCGUCAGCGGCUGUAGUGUCGCCCUCCAACACCGAGGGGGUGUUGCCUUCAAGCGACCACAUCGAAAGCAGUGCGAGUCCGUCCAUGUUUCUUGUGGAGAGCAAGUUGUGGCUAAAGGCGGAUAAUUCCUGCACGCAGCCACUUCUGACGAUGGCGGCCAAUGAUGGAGACGUUUUCGCACAAAAAGAAAAGCGAAACCUGGAGCUUGGAGGUCACGUGGGGUUUGACAGUCUUCCAGAUCAGUUGGUCCGUAAAUCCGUUGCUCCGGGGUUCUACUUCAACAUCCUGUGUGUAGGUGAGACGGGGAUCGGCAAAUCAACAUUAAUGAACACUCUUUUCAAUACGACAUUUAAAAAUGAGGAAGCCAGCCACUUUCAUACUGAGGUACAGAUGCGCCCAGAAACCGAUGAUCUGCAGGAGAGCAAUAUCAAUCUUAAGUUGACCACUGUGCACACUGUAGGGUUUGGCGACCAGAUCAACAGAGAAGAAAGCUACAAACCCAUUCUUGAGUAUAUUGAUACCCAGUUUGGAAGGUAUCUUGAGGAGGAGCUAAAAAUACAACGCUCCUUAUUUAACUACCAUGACACAAGAAUCCACACCUGCCUAUAUUUCAUUGCUCCCACUGGACACUCCCUGAAGUCUCUUGAUCUCGUCACAAUGAAGAAACUCGCCAGCAAGGUAAACAUCAUUCCAGUUAUUGCAAAGGCAGACACACUUUCCAAGAGCGAACUAGACAGAUUUAAGAUCAAGAUCAUGACUGAGUUGGUCAGUAAUGGAGUACAGAUUUAUCAGUUCCCCACAGAGGAUGAAGCUAUUGCAGAGAUAAACACCUCUAUGAAUACUCAUCUUCCCUUUGCUGUGGUUGGGAGUUUAGAAGAUGUUAAAGUGGGAAACAAAAUGGUGAAAGCAAGGCUGUACCCCUGGGGAUCCGUACAGGUGGAGAAUGAAAACCAUUGUGAUUUCGUCAAGCUACGGGAAAUGCUACUGCGUGUGAACAUGGAGGAUCUCCGGGAGCAAACACACGCUCGACACUAUGAGCUCUACCGUCGCUGCAAGCUAGAAGAGAUGGGCUUUAAGGACACCGACCCUGACAGCCAGUCGUUCAGUCUUCAGGACACAUACGAAGCCAAGAGGAAGGAGUUCCUUGUGGAUCUGCAGCUCAAGGAAGAACAAAUGAGACAGAUGUUUGUCAAUAAAGUCAAGGAGACAGAAGCUGAGCUGAAAGAAAAAGAAAAGGAGCUUCAUAAAAGGUUUGAGCAGCUCAAGCAGAUGCACCAGGGGGAAAAGAAGAAUCUGGAGGAGAAAAGACGAGAACUGGAGGAGGAAAUGAAUGCCUUCAAUAGAAAAAAGGUUGCAGCUGAGAUGCUGAUGGGACAGACUCUCCUAGGCUGCUCACAACAACCAUUCAAGAAGGACAAGGACAAGAAGAAUUGAUUUAUGGAUCAAACAUCCAGGGAACCAGGAAUGUGUCUGCGAUCCGCAUUGGAAGAGAGAGUGAGUGUCAGUAAGUAGUGUCCUAUCUGACAUUGCUUACUGACACUGUAUAUGUGGACCAUUCACAGUGACCAUGCACAUAUCCUAGCCUGAAACAUGUGAUGGCUAUAAACUACUGCAUAUAUUUAUGGAUUAAAAAAGUAGUUUAGCUUAUUUUGUCUCUCAUGCGGACUCUGCUAGAAACACAAUCCAUGGAGUUUUCAUAACAUGUAGCUAAUGUUGUUUUAUGCUCUUGCCAUGAAUGUGUCCUGCUAUAGAAUAUGAGACUUCUAGGACUGAAUUGAACUGAUGACAGUGAGUUUUAACAUGUGAGAUUAUUCACAAAUGUAAUGGUUUCCUGAAGGGGUUUUAAGCACUGAAUUUCUAUUAAUGUAUAUAUGAUUAUUGUUCCUUGUUUUUUAAACUGGUUGGUAGUUUUGAGAUAGUAAGCAGUAGUAAGAUAAUUUAAUUGUCUAAUUCCACUCUAUGCAAAGUUAUAAAUAAAAUAAUUUUAAUUAAUUCCCAGUGAGUCUGAAAAUUAGCAAAUAUGUGCCAUUUGUAUAUUCAAAUAAAUAAUGUCAAUGGAAAACGAAACACAGCAUCAGUUUAUGUGUUUGUCAGCUGAACCAUUCUUCUUAAAUGAUCUCAGUUUUCCGGGACUUCGCAUCACAUUAGUCAUUUUUAAUACAACGCUUUUCAUAUUUCACCUGUACUUGUCAUGAUGUACCAAAACGGUUAUCAGUCUUUUUACAUAAGCAUUAUCCAUUUAAUUCAAGUUUCAGUUGUGAUUUUACCUUCUCUCAGUGGAAACAAAGAGGACACAUAGCGAAAUGCUCAUUAAAUCUAAUUACCAUUUGCACUAAACUUGAAUCUUUCCUAUAUUGUCACGGUUUGUCUUAUGACUUUAAUGAAUAGAGUUGUUUGUUCAGAUAAAUAACACAUGUUUUUUUCUCUCCUUUUCAUAGCUUCUUUAGUCUUCCAUCUGCGUGCUCCUUAACUUCAGGAAGGAAUUUGAAUUAGUAGACUUUCUACAACAUCAAAAGAUCACAGAUUAGCAAUUAAGUGUAUUAUUUUUACAAUAUGAAAUAACAAUUUUAUAGAAAUGCACUUAACAUCCCUGGAAGCUAUUUAGCCUGAAGUCUUCCAUGAGUACUAAUCUCCCUUUGAGCUUCUAAGCAGUGUAGCAUGCUCUGCAUGGUUCCUAACCUCAUUCCCAAAAGUAUUAAAAGUUUAAAACAUCAUUGCCAAACUCCAUUUUUUAAACAAAAUGUGCUACCUUCAUUUAUCCGCCAUGUUAUGCUUGUAGUUUUUGACUGAUGACAAUUUACACUGUGACAUAUACAUAUUAUGAAGUGACAUGAUAUUGCCGUUACAUGUUGUACGGAUUAUACAUUUUAUUAUCAUUUAUAAGCACUUUAAAUCAGUCAUGGUACACAUGUUACCUUGUAUUUAAUAAUCUUAAAAGGUGUCCUACCAUGCAGACAUAUCAACCCUUAUGUUGUGUAAAAAAUAUCGUAUUUCAUUCAUCCUGGAUGUAUAUAAAUUCAGGAUUACAUUUCUUUGUCAGUAGGUCUAUAUGGUGAGUCUGUGUGGGAACACUUGCAGAUUUGUUUAUCCUGAUGUAAUAAAGACUUUUAAAAACGUG